AGAUAAAUGGCUGCAUAUAAAUAAGAGUUCAGUCCUUGACAAAUUAUCGAGCCUAAAGAGAGCUUUAACCAAGGCUUGAUAGUCUUUUUCAAGAUUUCGAUUAGAACUUUUGAGACUUUAUGGCAACUCUGCAAAUGGUGCCUAAAGUAGGAGAGGAGACUCAGCAUCCCAGUCAUCCACAACAUCCUCUGAAGCUAGUCUUUGCGCCAUAUCUGUACACCUGCAGCGGGUGCAAGGAAUAUGGAACUGGACUGCGAUACAGGUGUAGCAAGUGCGGCUUCCACAUGCACGAAUUCUGUACCAAGGCUCCAACCACGACUUCUCACCCAUACCACGCACAGCACGAGCUCUACUUCCAGAACAAACCAGUGGGGUUGAAAAAGUCGAAAUGCGAGGUUUGUGCAAGGGCCACCAAUGGCUUUGUCUACCGCUGCCCAACCUGCUCUUUCUGCAUUCAUCCUUGUUGUUCUCAGCUCCCUUCAGAGCUCACUUUCAAAGAGCAUCCUCAGCACCCGCUCAAGCUCUUAUCUGUAGUGGCUGAUAACUCCCCUUACACCUGUAAUGCCUGCAACAAACAGGGUACCACUUGGGUAUAUUACUGCGCUUCCUGUAAUUUCUAUCUCCAUGCUUUCUGUGCUAAAGGUUUGAUAAAUGGCCUCCAGAAGCAAGGAAUCAGUGCGCCUCCUAAGCUGAGCAAGAUUGGCAGGGCUGCUCGUUAUGCCUCUCAGAUUGUUCAGAUCUUUGUGGACGGACUUCUCGAAGGAAUUGGCGAAACCGUCGGGGAUCUUAUUUUGGAUACUAUAACUCGUGCGAUGGUUCUUCCCAUCACGGAUGGGGAUGGUAAACAUGGGCUGUUUUAAGGUUUCAAAUACUGCUUUUCUUCAUGGUUUCUAAAAGCUGUGCCAUAGAGAUAUAUAUAUUUGUUUAGUGUUGUCGUUGUUGUUGCAGACUCAUUGUCACCUUAAUUAUUCAAAUUAAGAUGACCUGUGAGCUCCUUAGGAUUUGACUCAGGGUGGUGUAAUUACAUCACUUGUGUAGUACCAAGUGAUUAUUAAAUAUUAUUUUGCUGCAAUAAAGGGUUUCUUCUUUCUCAAAUGAUUGAGGGUCCCAUAUUGUGAUAAUAAUAGCCAAAAGUGUAAAUGGCAAUGUAUGACUGCAAAUUUCAUCUUGAAAAUAAUGGACAGCUGUUUUUUGGUCAAUUGUGGCCUUUCA